AUGGAACAGCAACAGAGUGAAAAAAUUGCAGCAUUAGAAAAGAAAAUCAUAAAUCUACAAAGACAAUUCACAGAAGAGAAGAACCAAUUGGAAAGGGAAUUUUUGUCUCAAAAAGAACAAUGGUUUCUCUCAAGAAAAGAAUUAGAAAUGCAGAACGAAGAUCUCAAUAACCAGAUUCUUAAAUUAAGAAUUGCUAACAAUCAUGCGCUCGUCAUCAACGAUUUUACUGGAAAUGGUCCAAAAUCUGUAGCAGAAACCUAUGUGAAAGUCAAAUCUGAUCUUGAGGUGUUUGUGUCAGAGUUUGACAUCCCAGAAGAGGAUGAGCUUCAGUUAGAAAUUACUCUUUCCACAAGUGUUUUUAAAGAGCUGCUUCCUAUGAUAAGAAAUUAUGUAAACGGCGAACUGGAGGAUGAUAAAAUUGGUCAAAUCAUAAAGUCAGAUGAAAGAACCAGAAAGCAACUAAUCGAAAACACACAACAAGGGUUAACUGCUCAAAUACAAUUGGAACUGCAGCGCUCCGUUUUAGAAGAGAAGAUACUCAUCAAAUUACAAGAAUUGAGUGAGAGGGUGGUCACAUUUUUGACAGACAUGAUGGUUUGUGACAAACAUCUUGAACUUGUUUGGUGUGAUAGAAAUGACGAAUAUAAUCCAAGGGAGCAUACUUCUAUCAACUUAAUAGACAAGGUGGUCAUAGAUAAAGCUUUGUAUCCUUGUUUAAUGAUGCCUUCAUCAAGAAGUGUUUUUGAAAAAGCUAAAGUGAUCACCAAAGAGAACAGAGAAAAGAAAAAUAAACAUUAA